AUGGUGCAGCGCAGCCCCCGGGGGCGGGGCGCGGAGGCUCGGCGGGAGCCCUGCGCCCCGUUACCGACCCGCGAUGCGGAACCGGGCUGGUGCAAGACGCCGAGCGGGCACAUCAAGCGGCCGAUGAACGCCUUCAUGGUGUGGUCCCAGCAUGAGCGCCGCAAGAUCAUGGACCAGUGGCCCGACAUGCACAACGCCGAGAUCUCCAAGCGCCUGGGCCGGCGCUGGCAGCUCCUCCACGACUCCGAGAAGAUCCCCUUCGUCAAGGAAGCCGAGCGCCUGCGCCUCAAGCACAUGGCCGACUACCCCGACUACAAGUACCGGCCUCGGAAAAAGGGCAAGGGGGGUGCCGGCGCCACCCGCCCGCGCCUCCCGGUGAAGAUCAAGCCCUCGGUGCUGGGACGCGUCCCCUCCGGCCGCCGGCAGCCCACCAAGCCUCCCAACGCCCCGGAGGAACCCGCGCCGGAGGUGGCCGCCGAGGACUGCGCCGGCACGGCAGCCUGGCACCCGGCACCCCCCGGGGAGCACGGCCCCCCGGAGCCCCCAAGUCCUGCUGCCACCUGCCCUGAGCCGGAGAGGUCCCCCGAGAGCGGGUCCCCCUCUCCCAUGUCAGCCGCAUCCCCUCCCUCCUCUUUCAGCUCCUCCGAUGAGGAGCUGGAGGAAGAGCUGCUGGGGGUCCUGCCCGGCCGAGCUCCCGCCGGUGCUGCCUGCAGCACCCUGGACUGGUCUGGCUUCGACAAGGACCACGACCCCUUCCCGCGGGGCGGCUCCUCACACUUCGAGUUCCCGGACUAUUGCACGCCCGAGGUGACAGAGAUGAUUGCAGGGGACUGGCUCAUGUCCAGCAUCUCGGACUUGGUCUUUACCUACUGAGUCCCACGCUCCACAGGUAAC